AUGAAUUGGAAUGCAUUUAACUUGUAUAAUUACAAAUCCCUGAUCUGUGUUAUUUUUCUGAUAUGCCAUAGUUUUUACAACCCUACCGAUAGCGGUGCUGUGCAAAUUACACAAAGUAAUUUGGAUAUGAUAUUAGCUUCCAAUGAAAUAGUAUUUAUUAAUUUUUAUGCUGAAUGGUGCAAAUUCAGUAAUAUGCUGAUGCCUAUAUUUGACGAGGCUGCUGACGAAGUGACAAAGGCAGGCUAUGAUACAGGCAAAGUGGUGAUGGGUAAAGUGGAUUGUGACAAAGAAGGUGCAGUGGCAACCAGGUUCCAUAUCACUAAAUAUCCUACACUGAAAAUGUUCCGGAAUGGAGUUGCUGCUAAGAAAGAAUACAGAGGCCAAAGAUCAGUAGAGGCAUUUGCAGAGUUCAUAAAGAAACAACUAACCGAUCCAGUGGUUACAUUUGGUGCUCUUAAAGAGUUGCAUAACCUCAGUGAAGAUAAAAGACACAUCAUCGGCUACAUGGACAGACGAGACCAGCCAGAGUAUGAUACAUUCCGGAAGGUGGCUGCUAAUCUUAAAGAAGAAUGCCAGUUCCAUGUUGGAUUUGGUGAUGCUUCACAGCAGAUGCAUCCUCCAGGUCAACCACUAGUAGUGUUUAGAGCGGACCGGAAGAAGUCUACGGAUCCAGAUGAAACAUUUACUGGCUCUUUGUUAAGUUUCGAAGACUUGUACAAGUGGGCUCAGGAGAAAUGUAUCCCAUUAGUCCGAGAGAUCACAUUCGAGAAUGCUGAAGAACUUACGGAGGAAGGAUUGCCGUUCUUGAUCUUGUUCCACCAUCCUGACGAUAAUGAAAGUGUCAAGAAAUACAAGGAAGUUAUUCAGAACGAAUUAGAAGGAGAGAAACAAAACGUGAACUUCCUAACGGCCGAUGGUGUACGAUUUGAGCACCCGCUACAUCACUUGGGCAAGUCCAUCUCAGACCUCCCGCUGAUCGCCAUCGACUCUUUCAGACACAUGUACAUGUUCCCCGACUACAAGGAAAUGGAGAAGCCUGGCAGGCUAAAGCAGUUCCUACUGGAUCUAUAUUCAGGAAAAUUGCACAGGGAGUUCCACUACGGUCCCGACCCAGACCAGCCCGUGAUGCACCUCGAUGUCAAAGUGACCACUCCUCCUGAGUCCACGUUCAAGAAGCUAGCGCCGUCCAAGAACCGGUACACUCUCCUCCGGGACGAAUUAUAA